GCGGCGGGCGCGGCCCCCUCCCCGUUCGCCUUCCCCGCCCGCGCCGAGGAUGAUGAGCCCCUACGGCCGAUCAAUAGAAAUAUGCAUUUCCAUAAUAUCACCUUUGAACUAAUGAAGUGGAAGUACAGAUGAAAACAGUCUGGAGGAAGCUUGAAGUACAAUACAGUUUCAUUCGGUUUCCUAAUUCUGAGGAAACGAAGGUGGAAAAGUUAGGAAAGCAUCUUUGCAGUCAGGCACCAACGCUGGGAUUGGGCUCACCGGACAGACCAGGCUUAACAUUUGUCAAGCAGAAGGGCCAGUCGCCUUGCACAGGAAGGAUUAAAAGUGAACAAUGACUCGGUUGAGAGUUCAUGAGCAAUUGCUUGGAGCCUAUCUGCUUAUCAUUCUCCAUGUUCAAGGUCAAAAUCUAGACAUGCUUCAUGGCACAGGAAUGAAGACAAAUUCUGACCAAAAGAAACAAGCAAAUGGAGUCACGCUUGCUCCAGAGGACACCUUACCUUUUCUGAAGUGCUACUGCUCGGGACAUUGUCCAGAUGAUGCUAUUAAUAACACAUGCAUAACUAACGGGCAUUGCUUUGCUAUCAUUGAGGAAGAUGAACAUGGAGAACCCACGCUUGCUUCUGGCUGCAUGAAGUAUGAAGGUUCAGACUUCCAGUGCAAGGACUCCCCCAAAGCACAGUUACGUCGGACGAUUGAGUGCUGCCGAACUGAUUUCUGCAAUCAGGAUUUACAACCAACCUUACCACCUCUGGAUAGCACAGAUGGACUUUUUGAUGGCAGCAUCCGUUGGAUGGCAGUGUUGAUUUCUAUGGCAGUCUGCAUAAUUGUCAUGGUCAUCUUAUUUAGCUGCUUUUGUUACAAGCAUUACUGUAAGUCCAUGGCAAAGAGGCACUGUUAUAAUCGUGACCUGGAACAAGAUGAAGCAUUUAUUCCAGCUGGGGAGUCAUUAAAAGACCUUAUUGACCAGUCACAGAGUUCUGGGAGUGGAUCAGGAUUACCGUUGUUGGUUCAGCGCACUAUUGCCAAACAAAUUCAGAUGGUGAGGCAAGUUGGAAAAGGACGGUAUGGUGAAGUGUGGAUGGGCAAAUGGAGGGGUGAAAAAGUGGCAGUCAAAGUGUUUUUCACCACAGAGGAAGCCAGUUGGUUCCGAGAAACAGAGAUUUACCAAACUGUUUUAAUGCGUCACGAAAACAUCCUUGGUUUCAUAGCUGCAGAUAUUAAAGGCACUGGCUCCUGGACUCAGCUUUACUUGAUUACAGAUUAUCAUGAAAACGGAUCAUUGUAUGAUUUUCUGAAGUGCACAACGCUGGACAACAGGGCUCUCCUCAAACUGGCUUAUUCUGCUGCAUGUGGGCUGUGCCAUCUACACACGGAAAUUUACGGGACACAGGGCAAGCCUGCUAUUGCACACAGGGACCUGAAGAGUAAAAACAUCCUCAUAAAGAAAAACGGAACCUGCUGCAUUGCGGACUUGGGUCUUGCAGUCAAGUUUAACAGUGACACAAAUGAAGUUGAUGUUCCCUUGAAUACGAGAGUGGGAACAAAACGUUACAUGGCUCCAGAAGUCCUGGAUGAAAGCCUGAAUAAAAACCAUUUCCAGCCCUACAUCAUGGCUGACAUCUACAGUUUUGGGCUGAUCAUUUGGGAAAUGGCUCGGCGCUGUGUCACAGGAGGUAUUGUUGAAGAGUAUCAGUUGCCAUAUUAUGACAUGGUGCCAAAUGAUCCAUCCUAUGAGGACAUGAGAGAAGUGGUGUGUGUCAAACGCCUGCGCCCCGUCGUGUCAAACAGAUGGAAUAGUGAUGAAUGUCUAAGAGCAAUACUGAAGUUGAUGUCUGAAUGCUGGGCUCAUAAUCCUGCCUCAAGGCUCACUGCCUUGAGGAUCAAGAAGACACUUGCCAAGAUGGUGGAGUCACAAGAUGUAAAGAUUUGACGUAGGAAAGUGACUUUGGAGAGCAAAGCUGGACUCCUAAAUCUUCUCACUCACAUGUGGGUGGGGAAGAUAGAAAUAGGAAAGAGGAAAUAACUGAGAUUCAGUGUAUUUUCUCAGCACACUUCUACAGGCUGCUAAUCAAGUCUUUCAGUACUUCAUAGACCGUGAUACUGAGAGCCUCUACACACUACAUGCUACGGAUAUGGACAGCCUUGAUAAAAUACACGGUUUGGUUUGGUUUGAGCUGCAUUGAGACUUCAGUCAUGCUUAGUGAGUCUCCAGUAAAACUCUGGGUACUGAAUUGAAUGUUCAGAUUACAGUGCUUUCUGUGAAAGCCUAACAAGCUAUAUGGAUUCAACAGAGAUGGAGAAUAUAAGCUUUUUUUUUUUUUUUUUUUGCCUUCUACCUGAUAAAACCUAGUCAAUCCAUACCAAGUUUUCGUGAAACAGCCUGUAGGUUAUGAAUCUAUUUGUGAUACUACUCAGUUUAACAGUUCCUUAUGCCUUUAUGUGUGUGCCAGGAUUAUUUUGCUGUCAUUUGGAAUAUAUAAAGAAACCAUUUAAAUGAACAAAGUUCUAUGAUCAGGGUUCCAUGCAUUUUGUGGCUCUACAAUGAGAAAUUUGCUACAGAAUCUUUGCCAUUAAGUUAUCUUCUGAAAUCUCAGUUUUAAUUUUAUUUCUGUUUUUGUUUGUGUCACAACGAGAACUGCAAAAAUGUGAACCUUAAUCAGUUCGGGAGUACCUACCUAAGUCUGUAAAGAGCUUGAAACAAUCUCUCCUGAGGUGCAACCUGCCUUGGUCAUCUCAAUUCCGGUCCAGUGAUGCAACCAGCAUUUUUGCCAUAGAAUACUUUACAUCUUAGCAAAAAGACAAUUAAUGAUGUGUUUUGAUUUUUCUACUUUAUUGGGACUUACUGACAGGUGCCUGCCAUGCUCUGAACUCUUUUCCACAAAGGAGGGGAUUUGUCAGCUGUAGGGACGUGCUUUUCCAUCAUUUGGCCAAAGUAGGCAGGAGAUAAGCUUUGAAAGGCUUGUGAACAAGUUUGUUUUACAGACACAAGAGAGGGAAGGCAGGAAGCACUGGGUGCCCAGAAGUUUAGAGAAUGCAGUAAAGGUCAGGACCAGGAGAACUGAACACGGGAACUGUUGAAGAUCCACAAGGUGCAGAAGAUUUUGAGCUGGUUGCCCUGAGGUUAAACACAGGAGGCCACAUCUGUGGGCCACUUAGUGCACAGUUACAAAAGUCAAGAUGUGAGACAAGGUAAAUCAGUUGAUCUUUUAAGUUCCAGUUAAGGACAUUUGGGAGAAGUGGCAUUGAAAUUAAUUCAAGAAGAUACAGUAAGUUGCAUAAUUGCAAAAUUUGGUCUUAUUGUGCCAACUAUUUGGCCUGCACAGGAAAGUGUAGUUCCUUCCUUUUUGUCACUGACCCUCACAACUUGUUUAAAAGCCAGAACCCUCCAUGAGGUUACUGUAAGGCAGAAUUACUGAUUUAUAACUCCUUUGGCACUUCUGCUUUGAAUUUAGAAAGCAGUACCAUAACUCAAGCUGAAGCAUCAAAUGCAUGAAUCAUCUGAAGAACGAACACACAGUAUUGGAACCAUUGAAUCUAUUUGAUAAUUUAAGUGCCUAUAACUUUGUACUGUAAGUCUUGUUCUUGGUAACUUUAAAAAGGGAAGUUAUUUAUACAGUGUGUUUUGUGCUUUAGUUAAAAAAAAAAGCCAACAAACACCUAGUUCUAGGUACAUGUGUACAAUUACAUACAUGCACACACACACAUGCCACAGUCGAGAUUUGAAAAAAAAAAUUAAGAAUAAUACUAAAAUUGAUGGAAAAAAUGUUAAAACUUCAGAUUGAUUUAUGCCAGAUUAUUUGUUGUCUUAAAAUAUGUACAUGGAGAUUGUUUUCAUAUGUGUUUAAAUUUCCCUUGAAAAUACAACUGAUAGAAAACAAUAUAAUGCAGAACUAAUGUGAUUUGUGAACAAUUACAGCCUUCUAGCAUGUUACUUUUUUUUGUUUUAAUCCUGUAGUUCCCAUAAUGUAAAUGGUCAGGCAAAAGAUUGCAGUAUUUUUAUUUUCUAUUGUGAUGUACAGACUUUAUUUAACAGUUCUACAUAUUUUAUAGAAAACUAGCUAUUUCGAGGGACUUUUUUUUUUUUUUUUUAAUAAAGUCAUUACUUUUGUUUAGUAAUGCCUUUAAGUAUUAAUAUGUAUUCUGGCUGAGAAGUUGAUAGGUGUGUCAACCAUGGUUUUAACUUAUUUGAAAACAUCAAGAGAUAUAUGAUAAUGUGCCACAAUCCUCAUGAUAAAGGGCUUUUAAAACAAAGAGUUUCUCCGUCCAUUGCCAAGAAAUCCGUGAUGAUUUUGAAAUGGUGAAUCGUGUCUUCGCGCAUAAUUUUUGCACAGGUAGAUGGAAAAUGUUUGGUAAAAGCCAAAAAAAGUAAGGAAUAAGCUUCUUUUUUUUGUUGUUUUUUCCUUCUCUAGGAUUUUUAUCGAUAAGAAGGAGAAAGUGAUGAUGUAGGUACCCUGCUAGCUUAAACUUCCAAAGCAUGGAGGUCUGAUUAAAUUAACCCCUUCCUUUUAAAAACAUUUUGUCACUUCUUUUUGGAGUUACCACAUCAUUAUUAGCUGUAAACUUGUUUUGUGUAUUUUUUGGUUCAUUUUUCCCAAGUCUUCAGGAAGCCCCUGCUGGAAACAUGAAUUUCAACAAUUCGAAAUUUUCCCCUUGUUUUCUUUGCCAUUGUUUAGGCAUUUGCAAGGCAAUAGGAUGGUGAUCUUUGGUUAGACAUCUUAGGACCUAAAUGGAUUGUCAAGUGAGCCAACUGCUGCAAGAUGGUUUUUUUGAGAGGAAAAAAAAUCUUUUUGCCUUAAACGUAAUUUUUCAGCACUUCAGUUACUGGGUUCAUUCUCAAAGAUGUCAUGCCUAUGUCAUUUUUACGGUCCUGAACAGGAGCUUCCUUGAUUCCCUGAUGCCCAGCAAAAUGUUAACACUGAAGUAUGUGGUUGCAUAAAGCACUUGAGCACAUAGCUGUGUUCUGUGCUAAGUCAGCUGUUUGGAGCUGAAGUGUGUCUGUACUGACAUUUUAACAGUCAUUUGGGAAAAAAAAUACGCUCAAAGCUAGCCCAUUAAUUUUUAUGUAAUUAAGCACAAUUAGUGCAGACUCUAAAGGUAAGUUGUUGCUUUAUGCACUGCUGUUGAGUUCAGAAGCCUUUAAGGUCAGGGAGGGUAAUAGGAUUCUUCUGCUGGAUUGUGAUUAAUUUGAUUUUCUUGAUCAAAAUUUAAAGCAUUUGUCAUCCAAAAAUGUGUCCUCCAGGACAGGCAAAUGUGAUUUCUUUCUUUUUUUUAAUGCAGAUAUCAAGUGGGUGAAGUAUCUUGGGGUCUAUCAAGACUGUGCCUUGGAAGUUCUUAAACACCCAUAUGGAGGGAUUUUUUAUGUUUAUUUAACUUACUCCAUGUGAUUUCCCUUAGAUGGAAAAUCUUUUGAGUCACUUAUAUAAUUCUUAUUGUUACAGCAACUGAAAGGAAAGUUUUUGUGUCCCUGGUUAGCUUCUAAAUUCCCCAGGAAACAUGAUAUUCCUACAGAAAAAUGUAGGCUUACAUUUUGAGUUUAUUCUGACUUUUAUUUAAUGUAAUUUUUCCUCAAGAAACAUACAGUGUUCCCAAUAUCCAUCGCUUUUCCCCAAUUAUUUUCUUAAUCAGUCUUUUUUGAGGUCUUGAAUAAAAUGUAAAAUCAGUAUUUUAAGUUGCCUCUGUAGUAGUCUAGAGUAAAAUGUUAGACCUUGAUCUAAAUGACCAUUUGAAUGUGUUUAUAAAACAAAUCAUUUGGAUACGUUUCUUCUACUUUAUCUUCACAGACUGUAUUUUAGUGAUCUAAAAUGUUUGAAAAGCAGAGAUAUAAAGUUAUAAAACAUUCUUUUGCUAUUGCAGAUAUUUUUAAAGGGAAGUUACAUGCUCAUUUUCUGUGAAAUACUAGAAUGAUUUAGCCCUUCCUCAUUCUCCUGACAGUGCCUGUGAGUCAAAAGUCUUUAUCCUGUGCCCACAAUUUUUAUUCCAAGUAGGGGUGGUGAUGUCUAAAAGCAGCUGGCAGUGUUGCACAAUAUGGUGCUUUAUGGAGCCACGGUGUAUUAGCCUUGGUUGUACAGCAGAAGUGGAGUGCACAUAACUUCUGAUUUUUUUGACAAAUCUAAUGUAAUUGUUGCUUUGUGAUGUUCUACCGUUGAAUGCAAUUAUGGAAGCCCACAUCAUGUAGUGACGUUUGUGCUCUGACAUGACAUGCCCAAAAUGAAAUGUACUAUAUUGUAUACAAAGAAGAAAAAAUAACAUUGUAGUUAACCUAGAGAAGAUGUAAAUAAAAUAUGAAAGAAGAGUGGAACGAGACAAAUGGUCACACUCUCGUGUGUGUUAUAUGCCAGAAGUGUAGAAUACUAUAAAAAUGUAACACACUAAUGUAUUUUGUACAGCAUCUGCUUUAGAAGGUGCCUUAUUGAGUUUACCAUGAAUUGCUUGUUCUGUACACAGAUUAUGUCCAAUGUAUCAUUUUUAAGUAAAUAACCUUAUUUUAGUA